AAUCCGAUCCGCACGGUGUUAGGGCGACGCGGCGGUGUACCUGGUUCUCUCCUCCGUCAAGGUCAGCCAGCGCAUAGAGACGAAGAUGGUGAAGGAACAGCAAGGAGAGCGCGUCAGGCUCUAUGUAAGAGGCACCAUUCUUGGAUACAAGAGGUCGAAGUCGAACCAGUACCCCAACACAUCUCUGAUCCAAAUUGAGGGAGUGAACACCAAAGAAGAGGUAGCUUGGUAUUGUGGCAAGAGAAUGGCAUAUAUCUAUAAGGCCAAGGUUAAGAAGAAUGGGACUCAUUAUCGCUGCAUCUGGGGUAAAGUGACCAGGCCACAUGGUAACAGUGGUGUCGUAAGAGCCAAAUUCAAGUCAAACUUGCCUCCCAGAUCGAUGGGAGCUAGGGUAAGAGUAUUCAUGUACCCAAGCAAUAUAUGAAGUAUUAUGAAAUUGGUAGGAGAAAUUUUUCGAGGACUAGUCGGCACAUGACUCUCUUUUUUGGUCCUUUGGGACAUAAUUCUAGUUAUCGUUGUACUUCAGAUCAGAAUUAAGUUUUGCUGUGAUGAUGAUAGGACUGGAUAUUUUUCUUCAUUUUGUUUGCUAUGGUCAAUGGUACUCCAUACUGAAGAUAUUGAUUUAUAUUUACGAGCUCGUGAAGUACUGCAGACGUGUUGCCUUGUGAAUGCUGAAUUUAAUCACAGUAUAUGUUGGAAGCAGAAGAUGAAGAUGCUUGGCAUUUCAAUCAAGCUUUGCUUGUUUGUAAUAAUGAAUGCAAAUUGCAGGGUUACGCUUUUACUGAA